AAAUGGAUCCGUCAUGGACCCAAACGGUUAUUUAUUUGUUGCUUGUGUUGCUUGAGUAUAUUCUAAAUACAAUAUUUGGAGUGUGCUACAAUAUUUUAUUUACUAUAAAGAAAUUACUAUAUCUGUCCUUUAAUGAAAUAAUGACCGAGACAUCGCAAAAACGCAAACGAAACAUGAACGAGAACCAUACCGUUGCAGCAAGAGGUAUUAUAAACGCGAACUGGCAAAAACUCCUUAGCAGCAACCUUCUCUCGGACCAGAAAACGGAGAAUCCAUCUGAUAACGACAAAAAUAAUCAUUACACUGGCACAUUCCGUCGCGCACGAAAGAAAAAAGCGCAACAAGCCACAGUUGAAAAUAACCUCAAAACUUUAAAUCUAAAUAAGUCCCACAAUAAUAACAUUCAACCAGCUGUCAGUGACAACACAGAAGUUAAAAAAGUAGAUAGUGCAGUGAAAGAUAAUAAUAAAAAUAGAGUAACAAAAUUUAUAGCCAUGGACUGUGAAAUGGUGGGAAUAGGUCAUGAUGGCAACGACCAUAUGCUCGCAAGAGUUUCUUUAGUCAAUAAAUUCGGUGAUUGUCUUUAUGAUAAAUUUGUUAAAGCCCGUGAAGAGGUGGUGGACUAUAGAACGGAAGUAAGUGGGAUACGGAGAGAGGAUAUGUUGAACGGUACAGACUUUAACAUUGUACAACAAGAAGUGGCUGAUAUAAUCAAAGGUCGUGUGCUUGUUGGACACUCGUUAAAGAAUGACCUUGCAGUACUGUUUCUUUCGCAUCCCAAAAGAAAUAUUAGAGACACGUCAAAAUAUAAACCGUUUAGAAAGAUAACUAAAGGCAGCACUCCUUCUUUGAAACGGUUAGCAAAGGAAAUUCUCGGUAUAGACAUCCAACAUGGCGAACACAGUUCCAUCGAAGAUGCUAGAGCGGCAAUGCAAUUAUAUUGUACAGUAGCGAAAAAAUGGGAAGCGACCAUGAGUGAUAAGAGAGGAUAUAACAAGAAAAUUUUAGAUGAAUAAAUAUAGAUUUUUAU